CGAGUCACGAGUCGCGCGCGGCUGAUGCCCAGGUCGACAUUCAUGUAGGCGCCGUGAUUCCACGCAAAAGGUUGCGAACAUCAUCAUCCACAUCACAUCAUAUAUGCGGCGGCGCCUCACUUACCUGUGGCUGGCCACCUGAAUUCAGACCAAGGCAUUCUCUGCAUGAGCAUUGAGCAAUCAUGCAGGAUACUCACUCAAGAGUCGGGUAGGCAGCAGCGGUGAAGCAAACACAACAGUCAAGAGUCUUUACCACUCAAAAUUCUUGUUGGCGACCGUUCGCAUGGCGUCAAAGUCGAGGUGUACCGAGAUAUACCGCAGGUGCGGUCUUGGCUGCUCAGGAGGCGAUCCACCGCGAUCUGGGUAUGAUUUACAUCAUACGCGCCGAGGCAGAUCAAGUUCGGCGGCGGUCAAGAGUCUGCAGAGUUUGAGUGCGGUCAUCACUGGGGGCACUUCACUAAUCGAGAUUUGUAUUGUCCACAAUCAUUGGACUGCGGGCAAGCGCCCGUGUAUACGUGCCAUUGGUGCCGUCUAGUCUUCAGCGUCUCUUGUCAUAGGCUCUGCGCUGCCUUUGACGUAUGUGACGGCAUACAAGGCCCAAGCGACAGGGCGCGAUGAGUGGCAUUGAAGAGCGAGCAGGACGCAGUCACCAUCACGUCCUAGAUCCCACCUCUCGACAACGCUACCACUGACAGCGGUUAUGGAGGCGACUCUCGUUGUGCCGGAUAUGUCCGCACGAAGAGCAACCAUAUCAAAUCAACCUUGUGACAAUCACGCGCUUCUCAGAAGGCAAAUCAGCGGUCCAAGAUUGGAGUAAGCUUUGCUGACGGCGCUUCCGUGAUCAUUGGAGCUUCCAGCAUACUCUGGUGCAAGCCUUUUGGCUUAAGAGUUAGGCCCUCCGAUGAGCGCAGUUGCUCGUCUACUAUGCCUUGGUCGCAUGGAACCCCACGUAAAGACUGCGCACACGAUACCGUUGCGUGCCUGAACAGCCGCCGAGAACUUGCGACAUAUUCACCGCAAAGUGCUUAUCAACUCGGCUAUCGACUGCGGCCCUCGACGACCAUUCAUACUUCGGGACCUGAUCACACAGCGCGUUUCGAGUUCAAGCCCGACUUCAAUCCCGCGAGCUUUGCGCUAGGAGUGCGAUCCUUGCUCGCGGUGUUCUUCAAGGGAUACGCUGGAUCAUCGCCAUCAAUUUGGACGAAAUAUGCGCGAUUCAACGAAUUCUAGACGCGACACCGAGGAGCUUGUCAAAUAGGCUACACUCGCACUCAGGUCGGCGCGCCUUUUGAUACAGCAAGAGACCUUGGCUCGCCGUUUAAUCAUUGACCGCAAAGUCGCAGCAAAGGCGCAUGAUAGGAUAGCAAAGCCUGUUCUGUCAAGCAAUCGCGAAUAAUGUUAGACUCGCAAGGCCUUCUUGCUGACACAUGGUAAUCGCCUGCGGUCGCUCGGAUGGAGAAGUACGCUGUCGUCGUGAAAAAGUUUGACUUGAAGUACUGGACUGCCGGUGGUGGCGAGCAUAGCACCCUCAGCUUCAGCUGGCAGUUGCCUUCCCUGGGCACCGCGAUAACCCUGACCAUUCACAUCACUACAAAUCAGCGACACUCGAAAUAACGUGCAUGCGGACGUCCCUCCUCACAGGACCCUCUGGCACGCCACAUGAUCUUGGCGUUACUUUCUUGACUGUCGAAGAGGUGGCGACGGUGCGCGAGCCGUGAGCGGAGAUUCUUCCCGCUCAGUCACCCGCCAGACUGCAUCACUCAACAACCGCGUCAUUGGCAUCGCGUCGACAACCGCGUCAUUGGCACCGCGUCGGGUGUAUCCGAUUGCAGGCCUUUGCCAUGUUUGUACUUGGUGAAAGCGAGCGUCGAUGUUGCCUCUUUUACCUUGCCGAUCAUGUACGGCGCGUGCACUCAGACUUUGCACUUCGAUCGUCAGCAAGGUGACACAAUCCGCCGUCACGACAGGUGCUUGCCACCCAUGUGGCGCUCUCAAGACGAAUGCUAGCGCGUCAGCCUUUCAAGCGUCCUCCCAAUGACUACCAGAUGUUGCCUGCCUCCUCGCCACCGAAGAGCCGUUUUGCCUGCACGAAUGUGCAGAAGCGGCCAGGAUUGCAAACUCGGCGUACCUCUUGCGGGUUUCCCACUGCGCCGUGGACGCAGUGCUCUUGCCACCAAUUCGCCACCUUGCGAGAUUAAAGGUAGGAUAGCACUCUAGCGUGUUGUUCAAACCUCUCGUGCGCUCAUAUCUAGCUCGUGCGAAGCGUCCGGAAGGGGCUUCCUUGUUGCUUGCCCCGUUGAGCACUUUCUCAUGUCCAGAAACCCUGCUAGCUACUUCUCACAAUUCAGUCCACUUGCCUCAGCGCGUCUGGAAAACACCUUCGCAUCAGAACUACUUGCUACACGUCUCUCGUUACGCCGCUGCGCGGAAAAGCAGCGAAGCCUCGCCCUGCAUACAAUCGCUUUUUUGAUCAACGUCGGACAUCUCUCGCGCAAGCACUCAGCUGUCGAAUGCGAUAUACGCC